AUGGCCUCGGCAGCAGGUGGUGGUAGUGGUGGUAGUGGUGGUAGUGGCGGUAGUGGUGGCCCAUGGUUACCGCUACUUCUUCUGGGUCUGUCGCUAUUCGCGGACCUGGCCCGGGCUAAGAAAACAGGUACUGUCACGCCCGCGCCGGGUGGCCCGACGGCCGUCCCGAUAUUUCUGCCGGACGUGCCCGGGACGCGGUGGUCCGAGUGGCGGGGGAGUAUUAUUUCUAGCAACGACGUCGAAACCGUAUACUCGGUAUUCUGCGCGCCGGAUCGCAUCGGGUGCUCGAUCGCCGACGACGACGUCGUGCCGUCCCGGUUCACGGAGGGGCCGCGGACGCUGAACGUAGUAGACACGAUAUCUGGGGUGAUCACCGUAACCCAAGCCUGCGACCUAACCUCCACGACGGCCGCGACCUGCAGCGGGCGCACCUGGGUAGCCGACGCCGACGCGCUGACCGCGUCCCUGGGCCCGCUGAUGCCCAACACCAGCGUCGUCGUGGCGCCGUACGCCGUCGCCGCCCCGCAGGCCUCGUGGGGCGUGCUGACGCUCGGCGACGCCCCGCUCACGGGGACCCGCGGCGGGAGGACGUAUACUUAUUACAGCACCACUACCGCUACCGCUACCGCUGCCACGACUUCGACGACUACUGCAAGUACGGCUGUUGGUGCUGGUGCCGCGAGCACGAGUACCCGCGCGGCAGGCGGUGGAUCCGGAGGAAGCGGAGGAGGCAAAGGUCGUCCGAAGAAAUCAGAUGGUGUUAGUGGGCGGGUAGAAGAUGUAGGAGGGGUUUUGUGGAAGGCGGGAAUUGGGCUGUCGGUAGGUUUAGUGGUUAUUUUGUUAUAG